AUGUCAGCCAUUCGCAAGGCAAGUGUCAGAGCAUGGCCUCAGUCCGCCGACAUCUGGAUCUGCGUAUCAUGUCGGUCCCGGAAAAUCGAGUCAAACCGACGUCUUUUCUCAGCAUUUGCAAGCGAUAGCAACAGAAAGCCGAAACUACUUCACGCAUUUGACAGUCAUGCCCAACUGAGAAGACCUGCAUCAACAGACGCAUCUCAGAAAUCAUCACGAAAUGGCAAACUACCAAAUGCCCCGGCAAGAACGCGCUUUGCUCCAUCUCCAACAGGAUACAUGCACAUAGGAGGCCUGAGGACUGCACUGUUCAGUUAUCUAUUGGCGAAGCGAACGAAUGGUCAAUUCCUUUUGAGAAUUGAAGAUACAGACCAAAAAAGAUUCGUUCCUGAUGCCGAACAACGACUCUGCGAAGAUCUUCAAUGGGCUGGACUCCAAUGGGACGAAGGGCCGCAAGUUGAUGGACCCUACGGACCUUAUAAACAAUCUCAGCGCACUCAUAUCUACCACGAGCAUGCUCAGAGCUUGUUAGAUUCCGGAUCCGCCUAUCGGUGUUUCUGCACGCCCCAGACGUCCGGUCCUGGAGGCGAGAGAGCCGCUUAUGUUACUAGUGGGUGCUAUCAGGACUGUGGCUCGUUGGCAUCAGAAGAGGCCCGAGAUCGUGCCGAGAGCAAGAAAGAGCCAUUCACGGUGCGGUUGAAAGUACCGGAGAAUGCGCACAAGCGUGUGUACACGGACUUGAUCUAUGGCAAGAUUCAGCGAUUGAAGCGAUCGCCUGGUGUCAGCCAAACAGAGGAUGACUCUGGUAUUGAUGCCGCAGAUACGAUUCUGGUGAAGAGUGACGGAACUCCGACCUAUCACUUCGCCAAUGUCGUUGAUGAUCACCUAAUGAAGAUCAGUCAUGUCAUUCGAGGCACGGAAUGGAUGGCCAGCACGCCUCUGCAUUACGACCUUUAUUCUGCUUUCGGCUGGGAGCCGCCCACCUUUGCACACGUUGGACUACUCGUGGACGAGAACAAAGCUAAGCUUUCGAAGCGAAGCAACACUGGUCUUAUCCUCGACGUAAGAGGCAUGCGUGAAGAGCAAGGCAUCUUGCCUGAAGUGCUGUGCAACUUCCUUGCUCUUCUGGGAUGGAGCAACCCUGGACGUAACGACGUCUUGGAGAUGAACGAGUUGAUUCGUGACUUUGACCUGAAGUUCACUAAAGGCAACACCAUCGUCCGCACGGAGAAGCUGUGGUACUUGCAGAAACAGCAUGUGGCGCGAAAAUGCGAGGCCGUCCAAGAAAGCCAGUCGCUCAAACCGAUCGAAUCUCUUGUCAAAGUCGUUCGCAAAGAGGCAGUGGCAGCAUAUCCAGAUGCGCUCAAGUCGAAAUUCUCAACUGAGGAUGAGUUCGACACCUACUGUGCAAAGGUCCUCCUGGCCGACUCGAAGUCCUACCAGACGCCGAAGCAGUAUGUCGAACGGAACCGAUACUUCUUCCACUACGAUCCCACAGAGAUCCAGCACAGCGACAGCUUCACCGAAGGCGCCCAAAGCGUAGCAUAUCAAACGCUUUCAAGAAAACUACUCGAAGAGUUCGAUUUCCACCAGACAUACCGCGAUCCACCUGUAGCUGUCAAGGAGUCGAGCCAUGCCGCCGAGCAAACGGCACAAGACGACAUCCUCUCUACCCUAGAGAACAAAUCAACCCUCAUCCACGCCGCAAUCAACCACAGCAUCUGGCGCGCCCUAGCCAACCCCUUCUGGCUCAUGCUCUCAGCCCAACAGUACAAAGAAGCCGCAAAGACAGGCCAAAUCCCACCUGCCGGCCGGGAACUCGAGUACCUGCCCUUCACACCGAGACCGCUCGAUCUUGAAGCCUACGCAAAGUUUCUCGGCGACAAAGCCACGAAUCCGGCUCUGACGACCGCGGGAGUGGAGGAGACGGUAAAGGCAUGUAAAGAGUGGAAUAAGGGGAUGAUGAGGUUUUUGAGGGAGAAGUUGAGUUAUGGGUUGCCCGGGCCUGGGGUGGGCAUUUUGAUGGCUGUGUUGGGGUAUGAGGAGUGUUGUCGGCGGUUGGGUGUUACGCCGCAGAGAGGAGGUGGGUGGUAG